UCCAGCUGAAGCUCUGAGAUGGAAGACCCAGAUCUGAUCUUCAACUGGCACGUACCAGUACCACCAGUGCUGUAAUACACAGCGUUGAAAAAUAAAGCAGUCUUUCUUGAAGAGUCCAGUUGCAGUCCGACCUGGGUCCUGUGACUCUGCAGUGAGACGUGUGUGUCUGUGACGGCUCUGUCCGGCUGUGAGGGUCCAGCGCAUGAUGCAUCACAAUGUACAGUGGGAGGGAUGGCUGAUGUGAGAGUCCAGAGUUCCUGUCCUGAAGCCACAUGAUCUUGUGAUCUACAGAAAUUGCCUUCUAUUGGAGCUGUGGUAGUCUUGCUGGAGUCCCGCUGUGUGUUUCCGUGCCUGAGCCCACCAUGUCCUCCGAUGCCUCCUCCCCGCUCUCCCCCGGCUCCCCGCAGUCUCCCCUCUCUCCGGGGUCCCUGCAGCUGCCCGAGUGCGGACACACCCGGGAACGCUGCCCGUCACCCACGAGGGGCUUCCUGAUCCCCAGCCCCCUGCCCACCCGCCGCUCCAGGACCUACUCCGCGGCGGCGCGGGCUGCGGAGGGCCCAGUGUACACGGGCGUGUGCAAGUGCUUCUCUCGCGCCAAAGGACACGGGUUCAUCAUGCCCUCGGACGGAGGCGCAGACGUGUUCGUGCACAUCUCGGACAUCGAAGGAGAGUACGUUCCAGUGGAGGGAGAUGAGGUCUCCUACAAGCUCUGCUCCAUUCCUCCAAAGAUGGCGAAGGUCCAAGCGGUGGAAGUGACCAUCACCCACCUGGCCCCUGGCACCAAGCAUGAGACCUGGUCAGGGCAUGUCAUCAGCAGCUAGGAGACCUGGCCGACCAGCCACAGGAGAGGAGUGUGAGGGGAGGGAGGGGUUGGGGGCAGGACUCGGUCACCCUGUCAUGGGGGUGGCCUUUAUUUUUAUUUCAAAAGGAGAAAAACUAAGCAUAUAUAUAGUGCUGCUUCAGGGUUUUAAUUGGGGUUUUUUGUGAGGUUUAAUUGCACCAGUGCAUGAAAGGAUAUUUGUGAAGUAACGAAGUUUGGAAUUUUUUUGUUAAUUGGUGUGUGUAAAAGAAAUAAAAUUAAUCUUGA